UACACUGCCCUAAAGACACACUGCUACAUUUGAGUCACUCACCCAAGCCUUGGUAAUUUGGAAGACCUCAAGAGGACAGAACCACGCACCAACUGAGGAGAAUAAUAGACUGCUGACUAAGCCACCAUCAUUAUCUGGAUAAAGCUAAAUUGUCUCCAGUGCAGUCCUCUUGGUCAACAAAAAAGCCUAAGAAAGACUUAUCAUCUCAUUUGAAAAAUAGUUGUCUGAUGGAUCUUGCAGCCUCAUAGUACAGCUAUUAAAAAGUAGCAUUUUUCUGCCACCUCAUCUAUUUAGAACAUAUCUAAAUAUUGGGAUUUUGCUGCUUAUUAAAUCAAAACUAUGAAGUCUAAGCCCAACUGUGCUCAGAAUCCAAACUGUAGCAUAAUGAUAUUUCAUCCAACCAAAGAAGAGUUUAAUGAUUUUGAUAAGUAUAUUGCUUACAUGGAAUCCCAAGGGGCACACAGAGCUGGCCUGGCCAAGGUAAUUCCACCCAAGGAAUGGAGAGCCAGGCAGUCCUAUGAUGAUGUCAGUGACAUCUUAAUAGCCACUCCCCUGCAGCAGGUGGUCUCUGGGAAGGCAGGUAUGUUCACUCAAUACCACAAAAAGAAGAAAGCCAUGACAGUGGGAGAGUAUCACCUCCUGGCAAACAGCGAAAAGUAUAGAACUCCCCCACACCUGAAUUUUGAAGAUCUGGAGAGAAAGUACUGGAAGAACCGCCUUUAUGACUCACCAAUUUAUGGUGCUGACAUCAGUGGCUCCUUAUUUGAUGAAAGCACUAAAGAGUGGAACCUGGGGCACUUGGGAACCAUUCAGGACCUGUUGGAACAGGAAUGUGGAGUUGUCAUUGAGGGUGUCAACAGGCCCUACCUGUACUUUGGCAUGUGGAAGACCACUUUUGCGUGGCACACGGAGGACAUGGACCUUUACAGCAUCAACUACUUGCACUUUGGGGAGCCCAAAACGUGGUACGCGGUGCCCCCUGAACACGGGCAGCGCCUGGAGCGCCUGGCCAGGGACCUUUUCCCGGGCAGUUCCCAGGGCUGUGAGGCCUUCCUAAGACACAAGGUGGCCCUCAUCUCGCCCACAGUCCUCAAGGAGAAUGGCAUUCCCUUCAAUCGCGUGACUCAGGAGGCUGGUGAGUUCAUGGUGACAUUUCCCUAUGGCUACCAUGCUGGCUUCAACCAUGGCUUCAACUGUGCGGAAGCCAUCAAUUUCGCCACUCCGAGGUGGAUUGAUUAUGGCAAAGUGGCGUCUCAGUGCAGCUGUGGGGAGGCCAGGGUCAGCUUCUCCAUGGACGCCUUUGUGCGCAUCCUGCAACCCGAGCGCUAUGAGCUGUGGAAAUGCGGGCAAGACAGGGCGGUAGUGGACCACACUGAGCCUACAGCGCCUGGUAGACAGGCGUUGACCACCUGGAGGGACGUCCUUUCACGUAGGAAAGCUUCCCCCAGCCUGAAACAUCUCCCACUCCGCCAGGCCUCACAAUCUGCUCUGCCUGAGUCCGCCACUGGUGAGACCCACUGCAGUGCUCAGGUGUGCCCGAUGCCCAACUUACCAUCGGCAGCCAGAAGUGCUGCAGUUCAGCCCAGGGCCACAGCCCACAGCUCCCAGGGGCCUGAAACAGUCCCGCCACCGACCCUGCAUCCGUCAGUUCUGACUGGCAGACGUGGUCGUGGUCGUCGUCCUAGGGAACUAAGGGUUCAGGAACAGACUUCUCAGGUUCCAGCCAAGAGACGCCUGUCUGCUGGCACAGCCAGCAUAGCUCUGGACCCAGAGCGUCGGCUCAAAACUGCUCAUGGAGAUUUGAUGAUCAAUCCUGAACCUCUAAGCCCUGGGCUGCAGCACCCUGCUCUGACCCCUAAGCCCUGAGACUGCCUUUAUAGCCUAGUGCUCUGCUGCAUGGAAGUUUGCUGAGACAGGUCAAAUGUACAUCUUAGAACUUUGAAUGAGUUUGGGGAACACUGGUCAUGACGGGAGGGAGCCCCUCCUGCACUGCUGAGUCCCUGAUAGUUAUAAAAUUUGGCAUACUUUGUUCUUCCUCACUGAUCUUGGACUCUGGCAACUUCUGGAUCUCCAGCUUAGGUAUCAUCCACUGGAUACCUCUGGUGUCUUUGAGAACUAGGUUCCACUGAGGUUGCUGAAACCUGAUUUUCCCUAAUCUCUCAUCCUCCAAACCCAUUGUGGAUGAUGAUGCAAUUGUGAAGAAUCCAGAGCUCUGGUUCUCCUUCAGUUCUCUUCCCUUUCCCCACUCACCCUUACCUUUCUUGGAAAAUGAGGCACUUUUGACCAAUUAGGUUAAUAGAGAGCACUGAAAAGAAGGUGAUAAGCCUUUUAAAAUUUUGAUGUAUUUAAAAUGUAUUCUCACCCAGUAUUUGUUCACAAGUAUAUUAAAGGUAAUGGAACCAAAAUGUUAAAAUUUGACCUUAUUUCUAAUACUAUAGUUUCAAACAAU